CAAAAAAUGCGUCAUUGAGGGCAUCUAGUCUAUAUAAUUUCUGGAACCGAUUUCUCAUGUUCGGAAAUACCCUUCUCCGCUUACUUUUAUUUUCUUUGUCCAAUGCACCAGUGGUUUGUGAAACAUCACGUGAUUGAAUCUCGGGUCAAACCGGGAAAGCAGACUGCUUUUCGAGGUCUUGUCCCGCUUGCCUUUUGGUCUCCACUCCCCCAAAAGUUGACCCUGCCACAAUCUUGCCUUGCUUAGCCGGACGAAAAUGUCUCACAUGCGCUCACAUGCACGGGCCUCACCAUUAUCGGCUAUUCGCUCAUGUCCCGCUCCUGCUGUCUUAGACACACACCUCUUAUCCGCCGUAUAAACGUGAAUCAAACUAACGACUGCUCAAGAAGAUGAAGUUUAUCCCGCAUCGAUUCCGCUCGCGAUGGCUGUAGCGACCGUCGCUCUCCCUGUGACGUCCUCUGAGCCCUCGAAUCAAGGGCUCGCAUCCCUAGCCUCGGCCGAUGCCGUUGCAUACCUCUCUUACUCCGCCUCUAAGACGCCUCUUCGGUCACUGGUUCACGUCCCGUGCCCUCUGGAUCCGCUGCGGCAGCGAGCGACAUGGCGACAAGGAGUUUAGUAAUGGACGUGGCGUGGGGGUCACACGGCUAGUGAAUGUGAUGAAUGUGCUGCCCAAUGUGGCCUACUCCCGGGGCGGAGCUCAAACGAUCAUAGUCAAGCUCUUACUUCUCGUCGCGGAGCUAUCGAGCAGCAUGACCGGACUGCCAUCUCGCGCACUUACCCCAGACGAGGUAUUGGGCAUAAACGUAGCUUUGCGAACGCUGCAGAACUCGCUCACGCAACUGCUGUUCGCAAGCCCGUCGAUCCCGACACCGGUUCUCGCGACAUUAAAGCCGCUCUCGGGUCCUCUUAGUCAAGUUGCCACAGUACUUGGCUACUCGGGCCCGGCUUCCACUAUCUCAAACGUUCUCGAUCGGCUCCCAGUAUGAUGCAGUUCAUAACGAAUGAGAUCCUGAUUUGUACGACGACGACGGAGAUUCAUGUUCGAGUUGGUGGUGUGCGUGGUAUCUUGCCCAUGUACUUUCUCGCAUUCAGCGUGCUUGGUGACUUGUAUGAUAGCGAUUCAAGUUUAGUGAUACAUACAAGAGUCAGCCUACGAUAGUGCUGUGUCUAAAUCGGCAUCCAAAGUCGGGUCCCAGGGGAUUUACAGAACAUUUACAUGCUCGACGUCGAGAUCAGAUGUAUUGUUGAAUGAUGUAGCGUAUGAGUGCGGGGAAGCGCGAAUAGCGUGGUAUCCGAUUGUACCUCGCUGGCCGGAACGUUGACGUUAAGCCGCCUCAAGAUCCCAGCGGCUAAGAAAAAUCUCGUGUAGCGCUUGCUGUGGUUCCAGAACGACAACACCGACGAGCACGUCGCUGCGUUGGGCUUCCGAAGCGGAGGCGAGGGCUUUUCGUAGCCAUGAUUGAAACUGAGGAUCCAAUCGUGUUCAGGAUGGAUCCCCUAGUCAAACCAAUGAUCGUCGAAAGGUUCAGGGCCUUCCCAAAUUGUUGGAGGGCUGCUCAAUCUUCUGCGCUGAUGUCGUUGCACGCUUGUAGCUUUAGCAACCAGCGAAAAAAAUCGAUGUCUCAUCCGUCUCGUUGCAAUCUCUUACUCAACAUGACCUGGUACAAGUUCCCCAUGAUCGGCCAGAUUCGCCGUAAAACACAUCAAUCGUGCUACUUCUUGGUGCUUUGAGAAGUGUAUGGGGGCGUUCCGAUCUCAUCCCGAAGCACAAUUUGCGCAGAAGUGAGUUCACAGGUUAAGCUGAUAAGGGAGAUUUUUUUUGCUGGAUUCGGCGAGCAGGCCAUAUCGAGCCUGGACAGUUUUAUCCGGGCACAGUUUGAACCCCAACAUAUUGAGGUUGCACUCGGGCAUCGUGGUCCCCUUCAUACGAAGGGGAUGCAAACACCCCAAGCCUCCCGGACAGAGCUUGGCAGUGAUGAUAACAGGCUGCCGCAGCGAGACGGUGCAACAAAUUCUAUGAGAGAAGCCUCACGUGCGGCACAAGCGAUUCCCAAGGAGCCAUCACACAAGCCUUAGUUCAAACUUCGACAUGUGGGAGUGGCGAUCGAGUGCGGGAUAUCGGGAAAUGAUCUGGUGACAAAGAUGCCAUGAUAGCUGGUGGCAAAUUGUGAGGCCACCGUCCCCCAUUCUGG